AUGAUAUCCACCGUGGUUCGUACUUUUCGCUCAGCAAUUUCAAAAGCUCCCUUUUUUGCAGAGAUCAUCGCUCAGUUUCCAAAUCCUCGUACAUUGUCACAAAACAUACUCAGUUAUUUUUUUCACUGCGAUCGUUCUACUUUAUUUUUAUAAAGGUUUUUUUCUUUCAAUUUUGAAAACCACAAUAAAUUGUUUAGGAGCUGUCCUUCCCUAUCAAAACUAUGUACGAGUGAUGGAAUUUUUCAUUUUACUCCCAUUUGCGCCCAUCGAAGCCCUACGCCUCUCUUGGGGUGAAUUUGAAACGAUUUCUACCAUAUGAAAUAAUUGAAGGAACUCGGGGCAACGUACUCGAAAGUUUCACUUUUGUCUUUUUCUCGCUGCUUCUGGCGGUUCCCAUACUUGUCAUCUGCAUCUACCUUUCAUUCUUCCAGAACUAUGGUCUGUUGAAGACGCCAUAUUCAGGAAAAAAGAAACUGUUGCAGUUCUUCUGCUGGAAGCGAUAUUGACUUACAUCCAAGGCAUCGCAGUCAUAGUCGAAGUUCUUCUCUCGCUCGCUCUUUGUGUUUCUUUUUCUGGGUUUCUCUUCUAUUACGCUCCUACAAUUUCAAUUUCUGUUCAGGUCAUCAACUGCUCCCAGCACGGUCUCUUCAUAA